UCAAUUGCUGAUAACAAACAUUUGGUUAAAAUUGGAAUGGAAUGAUAUGAACCUACGAUGGAAUGCCAGCGACUAUGGUGGGGUUCGAGAUUUAAGAAUACCGCCGCAUCGUCUCUGGAAACCUGAUGUUUUGAUGUACAACAGUGCCGACGAAGGCUUUGAUGGAACCUAUGCCACGAAUGUGGUUGUCCGCAACAAUGGAUCAUGCCUCUAUGUGCCGCCCGGUAUAUUUAAGUCCACGUGUAAAAUCGACAUCACAUGGUUUCCGUUCGAUGAUCAGAGAUGUGAAAUGAAAUUUGGUUCAUGGACAUAUGAUGGAUUCCAGCUGGAUUUACAACUGCAGGAUGAGGCUGGCGGUGAUAUCUCAAGUUUUAUUACCAACGGAGAAUGGGAUCUCUUGGGUGUACCCGGUAAACGAAAUGAAAUCUACUAUAAUUGCUGCCCAGAACCUUAUAUUGACAUAACAUUCGCCAUUUUGAUACGACGUAAAACUUUGUACUAUUUUUUCAAUUUAAUUGUGCCCUGUGUACUGAUCGCCUCUAUGGCACUCUUAGGUUUUACACUGCCACCAGAUUCUGGUGAAAAAUUAUCGCUGGGAGUAACGAUUUUACUAUCACUUACUGUGUUCCUUAACAUGGUGGCCGAGACAAUGCCGGCUACAUCAGAUGCGGUGCCACUAUUGGGAACUUAUUUCAAUUGCAUUAUGUUUAUGGUGGCUUCAUCAGUUGUGUCAACCAUACUUAUCCUCAAUUAUCAUCAUAGAAAUCCAGAUACGCAUGAAAUGAGUGAAUGGAUAAGAGUAAUAUUCCUUUAUUGGUUACCUUGCAUUUUGCGCAUGCAAAGACCGGGACAGGUUGGCUAUGAAUGCCCACCGCCACCAUCAUCGUCGUCGACAUCCUCCAACAAUGGCGACAAGAAGCAACACAUACAGAAUGUUGAACUGAAGGAAAGAUCUUCCAAGUCGUUGUUAGCCAAUGUUUUGGAUAUCGAUGAUGACUUCCGUUGCAAUCAUCGCUGUGCCAGUGCCACAUUGCCGCAUCAGCCGACCUAUUAUCGCACCAUGUACAGACAAGGUGACGAUGGCAGUGUUGGCCCCGUUGGUCCUGUUGGCGACACACGAAUGCAUGAAGCCAUAUCACACACCUGUCUAAGUUCAUCAGCUGAAUACGAAUUGGCUUUAAUAUUGAAAGAGUUAAGAUGGAUAACUGAUCAGUUGAAAAAAGAAGAUGAAACCGGUGAUGUAACCAGAGAUUGGAAAUUUGCUGCCAUGGUAGUGGAUCGUUUGUGCCUUAUUGUGUUUACGUUAUUUACCAUAAUAGCCACAUUGGCUGUAUUGUUUUCAGCACCCCAUUUUAUUUUCCCAUAACUUUGCUGUUAUGCUGCGUUUGUAUGCUACAAGAAAAACAACAACAAUAAGUUUGCUAUAUUUCGACAAAAACAACUGCAACAAAGCCCUUGCUUACGCCUAUUGCUGUCGUUGUAGUAAGACAACUACUGCUGCUACUGCUUCAAUGCUAAGCCAUAGCUUACGGCGAUAAAUAAUGCGCUCUCCACCCCCCCGCCACAAGUCAUCAUCAACGACAAGAAUUUUAAGGACAACCUCUUUUUUUGCAAUUAUUUUGGAAUUGGAGUUUUUUGAAAAUUUUGCAUACAAUUCAUUUAAGCACAUGUGCCUGGUCAACGAAGAUAAACAAAUUAUAGGACGACAACAAGAACAACAACAACAACAACAUCAAGAAUAUAAUUAAUAAUAAUAACCAUAAACAACAAUAACUCGUAAAAAUUAAAAUGUCAGAAAAUAAUAGACAAACGAUGGAUAACAAAUAAAAAAUAUAACAACUACAACAAUGCAAUAAUUAAAUUAACUUUUAAUUUA